ACCAGGGUGCUCAUUUAUAAAGCUUGCUUACGCACAAAAAGCGGCGUAAGUGACUUUCUACGGAAAGUUUCUGAUUUAUAAAAACUAACGUGGCGGGAAAAUGUGCGUACCGGUACGUAAACUCUGAAACUUGCUUACGAACAUUUUGGAGACGGGAAACUGGCGGUGCUGCUGGUGAGGUGAUGAACUUCACCUUCAUUCAUGCAUGCCAUCAUGCCAUCAUGCCAUCAUAUCCGACACUAGUGCCAUAGAAUCAUAAACACAGAAGCCUGAAAUAUAGAUGCGUUCCUGAAAUCAUACCUGUAGCCGACUUAUAGGCACCCCAUAGGAAUUUAAUGUUGUCAGUGCAGUAUGGUCUUACUUGUUUUGAUCGUAAAGCAAAUGCACUCAUUUGUUCACAGAAGCCUAAUUGUGACAAGGUGUGUAGUAAUGAGUGUAAUUACUGAGUAAACAUAAAUAGGUGAAUUACGACCGUGCGUAAUGCAGAACUUCACAAUGGAUGCGCUGGCACUCCUUGAAGAUUACGCAAACGGCAGGAUCAGGAUGGAGAGAGUUUUUAGAGACCAUCAAGAUUUCCUGGCCAACGAUGAUGACUGGCUGAUAUGCCGAUUUAGAUUUCCUAGAGCAGUGCUCUUAAAUCUAUGUGCUGAGUUGGGCCCAGUGUUGGAGCGAUCAACCCGCCGGAACCAUGCCAUACCCGCGCAUAUGCAGGUGCUGACAACUCUCGGGAUUCUGGCAACCGGCUCUUUCCAGCGGGAAUUAGCCGACAGGUCUGGAAUAUCUCAGCCAUCGCUGAGUAAUGUAAUGCCUGCCGUUUUGGAUGGCAUUAUAAAAAUGAGCAGUCGAUACAUAAAGUUUCCAUACACUGUAGGGGAACAGGCCAACAUUAAAAGGCAAUUUGCAGCAUCAACAGGUUUCCCAAAUGUAAUCGGCGCGAUUGACUGCACUCACGUUGCUAUAAGGGCUCCAAGUCAGAAUGAGUUUGUCUACGUUAACCGAAAAAAUGUGCAUUCAGUUAACGUGCAAGUCAUUUCCGACUCAAACUUGCUUCUGACAAAUUUAGUGGCACGGUGGCCUGGGUCAACCCAUGAUUCAUUCAUCCUGGCACACAGCAGUGUAGGGAAUAGACUGCAGGCAGGUGCUUCGCGGGAUGGGUGGCUUCUCGGUAAGUAUCAACAUACACUGUGGAAAUCUCAACAAAGUCUCUGUUCUGAAUUAAUCUCCAUAACCUGCAGGUCACAGUGGCUAUCCCCUGAGACGCUGGCUCCUCACGCCUUUUGCGAACCCGCAAAGCGCAGAGGAGGCGCGCUUCAAUUCCGUCCACGUUCGUGCGCGCUCUGUUGUGGAGCGAGCCAUCGGCCUCUUUGCCUCCACCUUGAGAUCCGACCACUUUUUUUUUAA